UUCCGCCGGCGCCGCAGCUGGGACUCUGCAGUCGGCUGCGGGUGAUGGAGCGGUGGGCGCGCCCGCAGCUCCGGCUGUGGCUGCUGUUACUAUUACUGCCCCCUGUGCUGGGCCGCCAGAAGGAGUCAGGUUCAAAAUGGAAAGUAUUUAUUGACCAAAUUAACAGAUCUUUGGAGAAUUAUGAACCAUGUUCAAGUCAAAACUGCAGCUGUUACCAUGGUGUCAUAGAAGAGGAUCUAACUCCUUUUCGAGGAGGUAUCUCCAGGAAGAUGAUGUGUAGUGGUGUUGAACACUUUAUUUUGGAAGUUAUCGGGCGCCUCCCUGACAUGGAAAUGGUGAUCAAUGUACGAGAUUAUCCUCAGAUUCCUAAAUGGAUGGAACCUGCCAUUCCAGUCUUCUCCUUCAGUAAGACGUCAGAGUACCAUGAUAUCAUGUAUCCUGCUUGGACAUUUUGGGAAGGGGGACCUGCAGUUUGGCCAAUUUAUCCUACAGGUCUUGGACGGUGGGACCUCUUCAGAGAAGAUCUGGUAAGGUCAGCAGCACAGUGGCCAUGGAAGAAGAAAAACUCCACAGCAUAUUUCCGAGGAUCAAGGACAAGUCCAGAACGGGAUCCUCUCAUUCUUCUAUCUCGGAAAAACCCAAAACUUGUUGAUGCAGAAUACACCAAAAACCAAGCCUGGAAAUCUAUGAAAGAUACCUUGGGGAAGCCAGCUGCUAAGGAUGUCCAUCUUGUGGAUCACUGCAAAUACAAAAUUCAGAAGAAGAGGAACCAGGGAACAACAGGUGCUUUGGUGAGGUACCCAAUGGGAAAAACAAGGCUUUGGAGAGCCAUGACUCAUUAG